AUGUCCUUGUCUUCAGGGUUUGGUUCAUAUUUAUACGGUCCACAUGCGGAGGUUGAAAUUGUUAAUUACUUAUCCAUCUUCAACACGUUAUAUACUUCAAUGCUAGUUUGUAUUUUUGAUGAAAUGGACAUUGUGUUUGUCACGUACAAGGCAUUUUCCUGCGAAUGGGACUUGAUUUCUGGGAACUCAAAUCGAGUGACCUCUGAAAGUUCCUUGCAAGGUUCUAAUUUCCUCGGUUUGGACUUCCAUGGAUUGCAUGCUAAGGCCCCUCAUUGUAGAUUCGUAAUGAUGCCUUCACAGUACACACCUUCAGCGUUGGCGAGGAUAGAGUUGGGCUUGGAUCUUUAUGGUUGUGCUCUGUAG